AUGAUCGAAGGAUAUAAAAAAGAGGCUCACGGCAAUAAUGCCGAUGACGAGCAACUCUGCCCAUUAUGUAUGGAACCUAUGGAUGAAACUGAUAGGAAUUUCUACCCUUGUACAUGUGACUAUCAAGUAUGUCUAUGGUGUCUUCACCACCUCAGAACCGCAAUGGGUAACAAGUGCCCAGCUUGCAGAAGAGAUUAUGAAGAGGAAAACAUGACAUACAACCCAGUACAUCGUUCUCAAUCAAGCACGAGAACACAAAAUACAAAGAAAAAACGAGAACAGGGCGAAAAAGAGGCAACCACAAGAGAAGAAAAUGGGUCACCAAAAACAAGGAAUAAUGAUAACCUUAAGGAUAUGAGGGUCAUACAGAGAAACCUAGUCUACGUUGUAGGGAUACCGGCGAAGCUAGCAAAAAAGGAAAUACUAAAACAACACGAAUAUUUCGGACAAUAUGGCAAGAUACAACAUAUGGUUAUCAAUAAAGGCCAAACAUACAACGCACACGUUGGUGGUGCCUCGUACACGGCGUAUAUCACAUAUUCCAAAAAAACAGAGGCAGCGUAUGCAAUACAGGGCAUAGAUGGCUCAUAUGUAAAUGGCAAACUGCUAAGGGCAUCGUAUGGCACAACCAAAUACUGCACUUUCUUCCUCAAGGGACUCAAGUGUACAAAUGUAGACUGCUUCUACCUUCAUAGAUACGGCGACGAAAGUGAACGCAUCUCCAAGGAGGAACUUAGCAAUCAUAUGCAUAAGGCUGUCAAAACUGGAAUUGGAAUAGGUACACAUACCAUGGAUAACGCGACAACAUCAAAAGUACACAGUGAAUGGGGGACUAGAAACACAGAUCAUGAAGAUCUAAUGGAAGCAGUACGCCAAUCAUAUGACAAUUCUCUCGAUGAAGAAAAUCCUGACACAUUCAGCGAGUUCGCUAUCAAUUCCGGGCUUAGUGAACGAGAUGUUGCAUCAUGGGCCAAUGUCACAGCAGGAAUGGAAACACGAAAUGGUUCCACAAUCUCACCCUUCCAAUAUAUAUAUUCACAUUCUGGAGAUUUGAAUUUGGAAGAUGUAUUUGGGGAGGACGAUUUCACUGACGAUUAUGACUUCGCUUUUGAUGGAUACAAGACAGAAAAUUCCAAUGACGAUCUACCAAUGACUAGCGCAUUCAUGAACAGCUGUAUGCCACAAUAUGAUGUGGAAAACAGGAUUGAAAUGAAACCAGCAAACCAAAACGAAAUCAUGAAAAACCUAUUCAACGUUCCUUUGUGGGAUGAAUUACAACGAUAUAACAGAUGUGAUCGCAUACUCUACGGCAGGGAUACUUCUCUCAUGAAUGAAAGUGACACCGGAUAUAUCAGGUCUCAUGACACAUUAGGUGAUGACCUGGGUAACGAAGGCGUUAGCAGCAUGCAAGGCAUACUAUGGAUGCAAGCGUCAAAACCACCCAUGACUCAAGCUACCGAUAUCAUGGACAAGCGCAGACAGGGGGACUUAUACAGAAAUUGUAACCAACUGUUAAGUUCCUUAGAUGCAGAGGCCGCCAUGGAAGCAGCUACAGACAUGCUAGGCCUUGAUGACGUUUUCACUGAGGAAGUUGAGGUUGAUGACAUACUCUGUGAUUUGCAAAGACAGCAGCUGCUGCUAGAAAACCUCAAUAAACAGUAUUCACCAGAUGAGCAAAAAGCGACUGGGUCGGAUCAAGUGCCAUCCUUAGAUGACAAGGUGCGGCAAGAGAGGAUAGAUGUGGUUAAGGACAACGCUGUUAGUGUCUCCUUUGCUAAAGAUCGGACAGCGAGUGUCACCGCUACACCUUACACUGAAAGAAGCACGAUAUCCACUGUGGACUUCCAAGUUGAUAGUAUACUCGCCGCUUCACCGGUACAGGAUUCAGAGCUUCUAGCGGAGAUCAAGCUUUUUGAACAAAUGAGAGCGCAUGUCCAAAAGCUACUGGAUAUACAGCGUAACCGUGACAUGAACUUCGUGAGAUAUCUCAGUCAACUGUAUGCGAGCUAG